AUGGGGGAUGGGGUGGGGUCGCUGGGGGUCGCCUCUGUGGGUCUGCAGCUGGCGCUGCACUUGGGGCCGGUGCAGGCGGCAGUGCUGGGCACCCGGCGCCCGCGCCACCGCGUGUUCGGCCCGGCCGUCCGCGCCGCGCGCGCUGCGGCGGCCGCGGCGGCGCCGGGCGGCAUCUCCGCGACGCGGGCAGCUGCCGGGAAGCUGCGGGAGCUGGGGGUGCCGGUGCUGGGCUGCGAGCGGGAGGUGGAGGAGUGGUCGGCGGCAGCUGCCGCCGCGGCAGCUGCCGUGGCGGCCGCGGCGCCCUCGCAGCCGCGCCCCCUUGACGGUGGCGGCGGCGGCAGCGGCAGCGGGGAGGGCGGCUCGUCUUUGGAUUUUGGGCAGGGGGGCAGCGCGUCGCCGGUGCACCCCGCUGCGGCGGCCGCGGCCGCGCUGGCGGCGUCCGCGCUGGCGCUCGUCCGGCGCGGGCCCGAGCCGGCCGCUGGCGGCGGCGGCGGCGGUUGCGGGGCUGACGAGGACGCGGCCCAUUGGGAGGUGCUGCUCAGCGCCGGCGUGGGGGCCAGCGCAGCAGUGCCGCUGUGCCUCCCUACCUUGCAGCAGGAGGGCCGCGGCGGUGCACCCGCACCUGAUGGCGGCGGAGGCGGGUGGGAGGAGGUGGCGCCAUUGUCGGGGGCGCCGCAAGCGGAAGCUGGGGAGCUGGUGGGAGGCGCCAGCCCCGAGGCGGCCGGCGAUGCCUUGAACGGUCUCCCUCCAACGCCGCCUAUGCCAGUGCCGGCGCCGGCGCUGCCGCCGCCGCCACCACCGAGUGUGGAGCAUCUCGCGCCGCCCGCACCUGGCUCGGCAGCGGCGCUGCCGCCGCUGCCACCCCCGCCUGACGACCCGCGGCGCGCGCCCGCCGCGGACGCAGCCGCGGCCCUUGCCGCCGCGCCGCCCUUUGGUGGUGAUGAGGGACCGUGCGGCCUCAUGCAUGCCGGCGCCGCCGAGCCGCGUGUGUUUGGUUUCGAUGCUGCUGACGGCAAUGGCGGCGGCCAUUUCUUUGCUCCUGCCAACCGCCACGGCCGCGGCGCCAGCACCGGGACGCCGCACGAGGCUGGAAGCAGUGGCAGCGGCAGCAGCGGCGACAGCAGCGGCGACAGCAGCGGCAGCGGCGGCGUCGAAGCGCCGGACGGCGGCCCGCCGCCGGAGAACGCGCGGGCGGAGGGGGGCGGGGGCGGUGUGCCCCAGCCAGGCGGCAGCGGGGGCGCUGACUCAGCGCCGGCAGGGUGGGAGGCGCUGGACGAGGCCGAGCAGCUGCAGCUCAUCCAACGCGAGCUUUUUGCGAUGCAGCAGAGCCUCAAGGCCGCGUCCGCCCUGCGCCGCCGCCCUGUGUGCGGCGCCAACGGCGGCGGCGGCGUGCCGGGGUCGUCCUUGUUUGUGGCGGCCGAGAAGAUGGCCGCGAGGCGGCCGUAA